UGAAGAUGUCAACCCCCACCAUGUCAAAUAACAGGCACCAUUACUAUUUCAUUGAUGAUACUUGCGACACAAAUGCCCGGAACGCUACGCAAGGGAACAAGUCCUUCGACUGCUUCGUCCAGACCGCUCAGCGCUGGGCCAGGCGCGCGGUAGAGAGGCUCCGCGACAACAGCGAUACCGACUUCGCUCGUGUCUUCAACGUGAUUUUUAAGACACGCAAGAACGAUCGGACUCUUUUACCACGGUCACACAGGUGGCAGAGCCGCUUCGGCUACCAGAAUGAUCGAGACUGGGUGACAACUUUAGAACAUGUCGUCAAUGUGCUUUCUGAUUUCGGCAACAACUGGCAGAGGACCGACAACAGAGAGGAGGCUUCCCUGAGAUUCUUCUCUGACAACCGCAGGAGGUGGCUGAAUGGGGGCCCUGAUCCUACAAGCCAGCAGGAUAGGCGCUACGAUCCAGUCAACCACGUAUGGUUCAUGGGAAAUGUGGCCGCGCUGGACUUUGGGCAAGCGGUCGGGUCAGAUGGCAUCCCGGGGUCGGAGCAGAUACUCCACGAAGUUAUGCACUGCCUUCCCUACUACCUUGACGACAUCGCACUCGAGUUCCUAGACGGGACUUCUGAAACCUCGAGCUGGGAGGCGGUUAUGGCCUGCAAGAAGGGGGAUGCGCAUCGCAACGCCGAGUCCAUCGCGCUACUCGGUCUUUGGGCAGCACUUGCCGACACGCUACCUCAGGGGAGGAAAUUUGGAGGCUUUACGCUGGACCGAGCUUGGGAUGUGAUUCCUGGGGCGUGGGAGGAUGCUAAGAAUGACUUUGACGACGAGGAGCUCGACGAGGACGAGCGUGGAGGCGUGAGCCCUUGGACGCAAAAGUGGACACUUCACCUGCCGUAUGCAGGUAAUCGGGUAAAUCGGGCUGUGCGAGGCGAUAUUCGAGGUUAUUUGGACCUCACAGGUACGAGGCAUUGA